GCAUCAUCUACUUUACAUAAUUGGGUUCCUUAGUGGAUCUGAUAUAACCAACGAACCCUUAGGACCCUUAGAACCUUCAAUAUUCAUUGGAAUUUGUCUGGAAGACUUUAUCAAACGACUACGCAUUUCCCCAGCUUUGAAUUGUUGAAUGUUCAAACCCUGGAAUGGACCUGACGCACAUUUUGUUCCAUGCAACCGCCACGACAGAUCUCAUGGUUGUUGCGUUGAAUGACUCGCUUGCCAUCCUCUAGGCGGUUCAUCUCUACCUAGAUAUUAGGAAUAUCGGGUCUCGUCUAUAGAUACCUUCGGCCAAGAUGUGGGGGAGCAAGCAAAGUAGGAAAGCCGGCGACUCCUCGCCGUCCCCGGACCCACGACGGGAUAACGCCGGCAGUGCUCCUCGUCCUAUCCUUUCUAGAAUCAACUUUAUCAUAAUAUCUGUUGCAAUAAUCUUACUACUAGCGACUUUUAAACUGAAUGGUUCGGUAAUCGAUGGGUGGACAUCGAAGUUCUGGAAGGGCAUUCACCUUGAGCAGGACUCAACGACAGAAACGUCCCAGGGCGAUGAAUAUCUAAUCGGAGUGGGAAAGGCUGAUAUAACUGGCCCUUGCGUUGAGAUUAACAUGAUGGGAUAUGCAGACCCGCACCAAAUCGGAACUGGUUUACGACAACGUCUCUAUUCUAGAACCUUCAUCGUAGCUGAUCCUGCCAACCCAUCCGAUAGCUUCGUAUACCUUGUCUUAGAUACCCAGUCCGGUGACACAGCAGUUCGAUAUGGCAUCCUAUCAGGCUUACGUGACCUUGGGCCUGAAUAUGAUAAUUAUGGCCACCACAACUUAGCUGUGACCGGUACUCAUUCUCACUCAGGUCCUGGGGCUUGGCUCAACUACCUUUUGCCUCAGAUCACAAGCAAGGGUUUUGAUCGACAGAGUUAUAGAGCUAUAGUUGACGGGGCACUCCUAUCCAUUCGCCGUGCUCAUGAAAGUCUCGCACCAGGACGUCUUAGUGUCGGAUCUACUAAAGUAUUUGGAGCCAACAUCAACCGCAGCCUUUUCGCGUAUCUCGCAAACCCGGAGGAGGAACGCGCGAGAUAUAAUGUCAGUUCCGAAGAUGAUGGGUCUGUGGAUAAGGACUUAACCCUACUGAAAUUCCAGCGGACAUCUGAUGGCAAAAAUAUUGGUGUCCUGACCUGGUUCCCUACUCACGGCACCUCCGUGCUUGGGAACAACACAUUGAUAUCUGGUGAUAACAAAGGUGUGGCUGCGUACUUAUUUGAGAAGAAUGUCCUCAAUGAUGAGACUGCCGCCGAGGGAUUCGUUGCCGGCUUCUCUCAGGCGAACGUCGGUGACACUAGUCCUAAUGUUCUUGGGGCAUGGUGUGAAGACGGCACAGGGCAAAUGUGCAGUUUUGAAAAUAGUACUUGCAGCGAUGGCAGAUCUCAGAAAUGCCACGCUAGAGGCCCUUUCUUCAGAGAAAAGGAUGAAGGAACAUCAUCGUGUUUCGAGAUUGGCAAACGUCAAUUCGAACCUGCAAAGAAACUAUACGACCAACUCAACUCGGCGCCAAAUCCAGUUCAUGGACGCUGGGUCAAAGCCUUCCACACUUUUCAUAACAUGUCAAACCACCACUUUCAGCUACCUAACGGAACAGAAGUCAUGACGUGCCCUGCUGCAUUAGGCUACUCCUUUGCAGCCGGUACCUCUGACGGACCGGGCGCUUUCGACUUUACUCAACAUAAUAGCAAUUCUUCGAAUACCUCGCCAAUAUGGCGUGUAGUCGGUGGUAUGCUUAAGGCGCCAUCAAAGGAGCAAAUCGCGUGCCAUGCUCCUAAGCCCAUCUUACUCGACGUUGGCGAAGUUUACAGCCCGUACCAAUGGACCCCAAACGUGGUGGACGUACAAGUCUUCCGCGUCGGCCAACUAGUGAUCAUCGUUAGUCCGGGAGAGGCGACUACGAUGGCUGGGCGGCGUUGGAGGAAUGCUGUCAGUGACCAGAUCACGACUUUAUUCUCGAACGAGGCGCAAUCGGCACCCCCUGUAGUUGUUCUCGGCGGGCCUGCAAAUAGCUAUACGCAUUAUAUUAGCACGGAGGAAGAGUACGGGUAAGUACGAUUUUAUUCUUUAUUCUCGCACUGAUCGAUAUAUAUCGAUGUGUUUUACAAUCUUGAUACUCCAGCGAAGUGUCAUUAUAGGUCUUAGGUCGUAAUAUCUUCGUACCAUGGACAUCUCUCUUCUCAAAUUUGAUUUAUGUAUAACGUUCUUUAUGCAAACCGAAAUCGGCUUACAAUGAGGAAAAUAGAAUUCAACGAUACGAAGGUGCG